AAACCCUAAAACCACCAAAACCCCAACUAGGCGAAAUCAGACAUCAUCACAGCGUCCUUCCCAAGUAGAAGCAGGAGAAACCAAUGGAGCCAUAGCCGGAGGGAAGGGAUUCUUGAUAGCCGCAGAUGUUCGCCGCGAGGAGCCUUCGAAGGCGUUGCUUGAGCUCCGUCGCCGCCAUUCUUCGCUCAAAUCCGCCCAAGAAUGUGAUGCUAUCUGGAGAAGCUUCUCCUAGUUUGAUAUCGGGAAAUGUGGCUCAGCAAUUGAGAAAUGGUGAGGAGAAUUUCAGUUGCUCGCGGUUGGCAUUGGUUCCUUGGGGAGGUUGGUCCCGGCCGAUGUCCACGAAAGGGAGGAGCAUGAGGAGCAAGGUGGAGAGAAGAAUGCGCAAAGAGUCUGGGAAAACUCUGAGGGAGGUCCGGAGGGCGAAGAAGUUGAGAAAGAAGCUUAUGACUGAUGAGGAGAGGCUCAUCUACAACCUCAAGAGAGCCAAGAAGAAAGUGGCCUUGCUAUUGCAAAAGCUCAAGAAAUACGAGUUACCCGAGUUACCUCCCCCACGGCAUGAUCCUGAGCCUUUGACCACCGAGCAGCUGCAGGCUUUAAAGAAAAUCGGAUUUAAGAAUAAGAAUUACGUUCCUGUCGGUGUUCGAGGAGUCUUUGGAGGAGUGGUACAGAAUAUGCAUCUCCAUUGGAAGUUUCACCAGACUGUGCAAGUCUGUUGUGAUAACUUCCCCAAAGAGAAGAUCAAGGAGAUGGCGACAAUGCUCGCCAGAUUAAGUGGUGGCAUUGUUGUUAACAUACACAAUGUGAAGACGAUUAUCAUGUUUCGAGGUAGAAAUUAUCGUCAACCAAAAAAUUUGAUACCCAUCAAUACCCUCACAAAACGGAAGGCGUUGUUUAAGGCCAGAUUCGAGCAAGCUCUUGAAUCACAGAAGUUGAACAUAAAGAAAAUCGAACAGCAGCUCAGGCGAAUGGGUGUAAACCCCGAGGAUCCAAUUGCAAUGGCUAGCAUUCAGAGAGUAGCUUCCACUUUCUUUAAUGCAAUUGAUAAAAAGGAAGGAAGUCCUUAUGUUUUCCAAGGAGACAAACAGCCAGUUGAGAUUUCUCCAUCGGAACCUGCUGAUGAUAGUGAUCAGGAGGAGCUGGACAAGUUUAUUGCAGAGAUAGAAGAUGCAGCAGAUCGAGAAUGGGCAGAAGAGGAAGCGGCGGAGAAAGAAGAAGCCGACAAAAUUAGGUACUGGAACAAGGAUGAUUUUCGUGAGAGGUUAAAAAGAUCAGGAAAUCGGGGAGACUAUGCCUCUGAUGAUGAUGAGAUGAGAAGCCCGAGAGGCUGGAAGGGUAGUAAGCAUGGAAAGCGGGCCGCUGAGACUGAUAGUGAUGGCUCGGACGAGGGGGAGGAGGAUGGAUGGGAUUCGGGUGAUUCUGAAGAUCUAGAAGAUUAUGAUGAUGGUUCAGAUGAAGAAUUUGGGCGGUCGAGAAAAGCUAAUAAGAAUAAUAAAGCUCCUCAAAGUAGAAAUGCCAAGGCAGGUUUCAGGAAGAAUGUGGCUGUUAGAGAUUAUGAUUCAGAAGAGAUGAUAAGAGACCUUGACAAUGCUAUGUGGGAAUCUGAUAACGAGGAAGAGCAGGACCCGAGAGGAUCAGACAUAGCGCAAAGUCAUAAUUAUAGAAGCAGUACUGAUGAAGAAGAGAGUUUUCAUCCUCAAAUGCGAGACAGGACAAGUAAUCUGGGACGUGAUUUUUUCAGUGAUGGUAGCGAUUCUGACUCUACGGGGAAGAACAGAUGAAAGGAGUCAGCGACAGAUACUGGAGCUAAUGAGCGCGGAAAGACUGCACGGGAAAGAGGAAGUUUGAGUGCGGCAGGAAAGAAAAUACUCUUCUCGCUUGGAUGUAGAUGGUAGCUGUUACUCUGAUUAAUGAUCAGGAAAUUGAGAAUUUUCGAAAGGUGUUUCUGGUGUGGUGAGGAGGAAACGCAAAGCAUAGACUGUGGGAAAGAUGGGGAAUAAGUGAAUGCUUAGACAAAUGCUGCUUCAAAACAGAUGAGACUCGGGAUCGGGAUGAUCAGCUCCGAAGUUAAAAGAGAAUCCAUUCUCGAACUAUCCCAGUAAUUCGAUUAGGUAAGUUCUCAUUAAUCCUCCAUUAGCAUUUCAAAUCAUUCCGUGCAAUCGUCUCCGGUGACAUUUCUCCGAACAAGGAUCAAGAAAAACAAUAAAAGCAUCUCUUCUUCAUUCCUUGUAGACCAAAAUGCCAUUUGCCAUUCUCAGAAACAUCAACAAAAUGUUUUUUUUUUUUCCCUUUUUC